AUGUUCCCCUUCUCGGGAUGGGGGCUGGGCUGCCUCCGGCUCUGUCUGCUCAGAGUGUGGGCCGGCGAGGCCACCGGGCGCUGGGCCUGUGGGACAUGUCAGUCCCGGCUGUACGGCUCAGGUGGGUCCCAGCCCGAGGUCUCUAGGUCUGACCCUGCGCGCAGGACUCUGAAGGAGUGGGCGCUGCUGGUGAGCCCUUUCGGCCGGCUGCGGGCGCGGCUCCCAUGCCACCUGACCGUGAGGCCCCUGGACCCCCUCACCUACCCAGACGGCGACCGCGUGCUGGUCACAGUGAGCGGAGUGGAGGGCGGGGCGCGGGCCCUGGCCGGCCUGCAGGUGAACUACGACGAGGCGCAGAAGGAGGUGACCAUCGUGGCUGAUGCCAUCGACCACCAGGCGUCCGUGGAAGUGAACGCCCCCCUGAAGUUUGAUUUGAAUAUCCAGUCAUCUGGGUCUGGCUGUGUAAAGGUCCAAAAUAUUGAGUGUGAUAAUUGCAAAAUUGAAACUGAGCAGGGGACUAGCAUCUUACAGUCUGUUAAGAGUCAAAAAUUACAUGUUCAAACAACAGGAGGCAAAGUGAUCUGCCUGGGAACGGUUUAUGGAAAUAUAGAUAUCCAUGCAUCAGAUAAAAGUACUGUGACUGUAGAUAAACUACAGGGAAGUUCUGUUAAUAUAUCUACUGAAGAUGGUUUGCUGAAAGUCAAGUAUCUUUAUACAGAAUCAUCAUUUCUGUCUUCUGCUGCCGGGGAUAUUACAUUAGGAAGUAUUCAUGGUAAUAUAACAUUACGAAGCAAGAUGGGUAACAUCACAGUAGAUUCGUCUUCUGGAUGUCUAAAUGCCUUGGCUCAGCAGGGUGCCAUAGAUGUUUAUGUCAGCCAGCUGGGGAAAGUGGAAUUGAAAGUCCAUAAAGGCUCUAUUCUUGUCAAGGUUGCAUCUUCUCUUCAAGCUUAUUUACAGUUAUCAGGGAAAGAGAUUGAUGUGAACUCAGAUGUCCAUGUUGAAGAAAUGAAUGAAGCUCAUAGAGAUGAUGGUGUGAUAAUUACUGGAUUCCUGAAUCAAACAAGCAAACAUGAAAAAUGGAUUAAGGCUGAUGCCCCAAAAGGAACUGUACGUUUUAGAAGCCAAAGCUGGUUUCAGUCCCUGAAGCUACAGGACUGA